AUGUCUGACUGGGAUACAAAUACUAUUAUUGGUAGCAGAGCCAGAACUGGCGGUUCUGGUCCAAGAGCCAACGUUGCCAGAUCUCAGGGUCAAAUCAAUGCUGCAAGAAGACAGGGGUUGGUCGUCUCCGUUGACAAGAAAUACGGUUCCACCAACACCAAGGGGGACAAUGAAGGCCAAAGGUUGACCAAGGUCGACCGUGAGACAGACAUUGUCAAGCCCAAGAAACUGGAUGCAAAUGUCGGUAGGGCCAUCUCGCGCGCGAGAACGGACAAAAAAAUGUCACAAAAGGACUUGGCCACCAAGAUUAACGAAAAGCCAACCGUCGUAAACGAUUAUGAAGCCGCUAGAGCCAUUCCAAAUCAACAGGUCUUGUCCAAGCUGGAGAGAGCUUUAGGUGUCAGAUUGAGAGGUAAUAAUGUCGGUUCGCCCUUAGGAGCUCCAAAGAAAAAAUAA